AUGGGCCGGGCGUGGGCCUGCGGGAGCGGGGCGGGCCCUCCUGCGGCUGCUGCGCCCCGCGGAGCCGGCUGGUCCGAGGAUAACGUGGAAAGGGCAGACGCUUUACAGCUGUCCGUGGAAGAAUUUGUUGAGCGAUACGAAAGACCUUACAAGCCGGUGGUUCUGCUGAAUGCCCAGGAGGGCUGGUCUGCGCAGGAGAAAUGGACUCUGGAGCGCCUGAAAGGGAAAUACCGGAACCAAAAGUUCAAGUGUGGCGAGGAUAAUGAUGGCUACUCCGUGAAGAUGAAGAUGAAGUACUACAUUGAGUACAUGGAGGGCACCCGGGAUGACAGCCCUCUUUACAUCUUUGACAGCAGCUAUGGUGAACACCCCAAAAGAAGAAAACUUUUGGAAGAGUAUAAGGUGCCCAAGUUUUUCACUGAUGACCUUUUCCAGUACGCAGGGGAGAAGCGCAGGCCGCCUUACAGGUGGUUUGUGAUGGGGCCACCACGUUCUGGAACUGGGAUUCACAUUGACCCUCUGGGAACCAGUGCCUGGAAUGCCUUGGUUCAGGGCCACAAGCGCUGGUGUCUGUUCCCAACGAGUACUCCCCGAGAACUCAUCAAGGUGACCCGAGAAGAAGGAGGGAACCAGCAAGAUGAAGCAAUUACUUGGUUUAAUGUUAUUUAUCCUUGAACACAGUUUUCAACCUGGCCCCCUGAAUUCAAACCUCUGGAAAUCUUACAAAAACCAGGAGAGACUGUCUUUGUACCAGGAGGCUGGUGGCAUGUUGUCCUCAAUCUUGACACCACCAUUGCUAUCACUCAGAAUUUUGCCAGCAGCACCAACUUCCCUGUUGUGUGGCACAAGACGGUAAGAGGGAGGCCAAAGUUAUCAAGGAAAUGGUAUAGGAUCUUGAAGCAGGAGCACCCUGAGCUGGCAGUCCUGGCAGAUUCGGUUGACCUCCAGGAGUCCACAGGCAUCGCCUCCGACAGCUCCAGCGACUCUUCCAGCUGCUCUAGCUCCAGCUCCUCUGACUCGGACUCCGAGUGUGAGUCUGGGUCUGAAGGUGAUGGGACAAUGCACCACAGGAAGAAGAGGAGGACGUGCAGCAUGGUGGGAAACGGGGACACCACCUUGCAGGACGACUGCGUGAGCAAAGAGCGCGGCUCUUCCAGGAUUAGGGACACUUGUGGAGGCCGGGCUCAUCCCUGAGCAGAUAAAGAGAUGCUCCUUGAGGUGGCUCCCGUGUGUGCUGCUGGCUGCCACCCAGCUCAGUUCUCACAUCUGCUCCUACCUUCUCCUUUGUCUUCUUUGAAUUUGGACCUUCCUUCUCUGGUCUGAGCUCCUAUCUUCAGCCGAAUGCUGGUUUUACUGCUUCCCAAGACUAGAUUGUCAAGAAGU